CAGUCAAGAUGUGCGGCGCAUAGGUUCCAAGCCAGCCUCAUGACAGCUCCUGUUCACUGGGCAAAGAUGAAGAUUACCGGCUGGUGGAGGAAUCUCUAAAUAUUUGGCAAGGAGAGACCAACCGAUUCAGGCCAGAAUAGCAUCCUGCCAAGUGGCUGGAGUCCCCUGGGUCCCUCUGUGUGUGUGUGUAUCGGGAGCCCCCUUUGAGGUUAUGUCAAAGGGGUCGUUUUCGAGAAAGGUUCAGAGUUGCCUCUUUGUUGUCAGCUGAAUGCACCAUUGUGAGGCCUUCAAGGCCAAGUGGAAGACGGAUCAUCCUGGAGAGAAUCUAUCAGUGUGGUUGCUAAGAGUCGACACCGACUUGACGGCACUUAAUCAAUCAAGCAAUCAAUCAACUGCAGGACUCUGUAUUUCAGUCUUUUUGGAAAUGUUCAUCGCCACCGUCACGAACAGAUUGGUACAAAGAUGUUUGCAGAUUUGCUCCCGAGCCAAAUUCGGCUGGAGUCCAUGGAAGUUUGUUGAACGGGAAGAGGAGGGGUUCCUUUCCACUGAAGCUUCUAAGAACCAGCUGCCCAAAUCCAGUGAGAGAAACACUGAUGGAUUCCACCACAGCGACGGCGGAACUGGGAUGGACGGUCCAUCCACCAUCGGGGUGGGAAGAGGUCAGCGGCUACGACGAGAACAUGAACACGAUCCGGACUUACCAAGUGUGCAACGUCUUUGAAUCCAGCCAGAACAACUGGCUGCGGACCAAGUAUAUCCGGCGGAGGGGAGCCCACCGCAUCCACGUGGAGAUGAAGUUCUCCGUCAGGGACUGUAGCAGUAUCCCCAACGUGCCUGGCUCUUGUAAGGAGACGUUCUACCUCUACUAUUACGAGUCCGACUAUGACGCUGCUACAAAGACGUUCCCCGCUUGGAUGGAGAACCCCUGGGUCAAAGUCGACACCAUUGCGGCUGACGAGAGUUUCUCCCAGGUGGAUCUUGGGGGCCGGGUGAUGAAGAUCAACACAGAGGUGCGGAGUUUUGGCCCCGUCUCCAAGAACGGCUUUUACUUGGCCUUCCAGGACUAUGGGGGCUGCAUGUCCUUGAUUGCUGUCCGCGUCUUCUACCGCAAGUGCCCACGGAUCAUCCAGAAUGGAGCCAUCUUCCAGGAGACGCUCUCUGGAGCCGAGAGCACUUCGCUGGUGGCGGCGCGGGGCACUUGUAUCCCCAACGCAGAAGAAGUAGAUGUGCCCAUCAAGUUGUAUUGCAAUGGGGACGGAGAGUGGCUCGUGCCCAUUGGGCGAUGCAUGUGCAAAGCCGGCUACGAAUCGGUGGAAAACGGGACCGUCUGCAGAGGCUGCCCCUCUGGGACAUUCAAAGCCAGUCAGGGCGACGAGGGGUGCGUCCAUUGUCCCAUCAACAGCCGGACGACGUCCGAAGGGGCCACCAACUGCGUCUGUCGCAACAGCUACUACCGCGCGGACUCGGAUCCUCUGGACAUGCCAUGCACCACCAUCCCGUCAGCCCCGCAGACCGUCAUCUCCAGCGUGAACGAGACUUCUCUGAUGCUGGAGUGGAGCCCACCCCGGGACUCCGGCGGCCGUGAGGACCUGGUCUACAACAUCAUCUGCAAGAGCUGCGGAUCGGGCCGGGGGGCCUGCACCCGCUGCGGGGACAACGUGCAGUUUGCGCCGCGCCAGCUGGGCCUGACAGAGCCCCGCGUCUAUAUCAGCGACCUGCUGGCCCAUACCCAGUACACCUUUGAGAUCCAGGCCGUGAACGGCGUCACCGACCAGAGCCCCUUCUCUCCGCAGUUUGCCUCAGUCAACAUCACCACCAACCAGGCGGCUCCCUCCGCUGUGUCCAUCAUGCACCAGGUGAGCCGGACGGUGGACAGCAUCACCCUGUCGUGGUCGCAGCCCGACCAGCCCAACGGAAUCAUCCUGGACUAUGAGUUGCAGUACUACGAAAAGGAUCUAAGCGAGUUCAAUGCCACGGCGGUCAAGAGCCCCACCAACACCGUGACAGUGCAGAAUCUCAAAGCGGGCACCAUUUACGUCUUCCAGGUGCGGGCACGCACGGUGGCCGGCUACGGGCGUUACAGCGGCAAGAUGUACUUCCAGACCAUGACCGAAGCCGAGUAUCAAACCAGCAUCCAGGAGAAGCUGCCCCUGAUCAUCGGCUCCUCGGCCGCGGGGCUGGUCUUCCUCAUCGCCCUCGUGGUCAUCGUCCUUGUCUGCAGCAGUCCAUCUGCCUCCAGCUCAGCACGGUACUCUCCUUCCAGAAGACGCGGAUUUGAGCGCGCCGAUUCCGAGUACACCGACAAGCUCCAGCACUACACCAGCGGCCACAUGACCCCCGGCAUGAAGAUUUACAUCGACCCCUUCACCUACGAGGACCCCAAUGAAGCCGUCAGGGAGUUUGCUAAGGAGAUUGACAUUUCUUGUGUCAAAAUCGAGCAAGUGAUUGGUGCAGGGGAGUUUGGCGAGGUGUGCAGCGGCCACCUGAAGUUGCCGGGCAAGCGGGAGAGCUUUGUGGCCAUCAAGACCCUGAAGUCCGGCUACACGGAGAAGCAGAGGCGGGACUUCCUGAGCGAGGCCAGCAUCAUGGGCCAGUUCGACCACCCGAACGUCAUCCACCUGGAGGGGGUGGUCACCAAGAGCACCCCUGUCAUGAUCGUCACCGAAUUCAUGGAGAACGGCUCACUGGAUUCCUUCCUGCGGCAAAACGACGGGCAGUUCACGGUGAUCCAGCUGGUGGGCAUGCUGCGGGGCAUUGCGGCCGGCAUGAAGUACCUGGCCGACAUGAACUACGUCCAUCGUGACCUGGCGGCCCGCAACAUCCUUGUCAACAGCAACCUCGUCUGUAAGGUCUCCGACUUCGGCCUCUCCCGCUUCCUGGAGGACGACACGUCGGACCCCACCUACACCAGCGCCCUGGGUGGGAAAAUCCCGAUCCGUUGGACAGCACCUGAAGCCAUCCAGUACCGGAAGUUCACUUCUGCCAGUGACGUGUGGAGCUACGGCAUAGUCAUGUGGGAAGUGAUGUCCUAUGGGGAGAGACCGUACUGGGACAUGACCAAUCAAGACGUCAUCAACGCCAUUGAGCAAGAUUACCGGCUCCCGCCCCCAAUGGACUGCCCCAGCGCUCUGCACCAGCUCAUGCUGGACUGCUGGCAGAAGGAUCGCAACCACAGGCCCAAAUUUGGACAGAUUGUCAACACCCUGGACAAGAUGAUCCGGAACCCCAACAGCCUGAAAGCCAUGGCACCACUUUCUUCAGGGAUCAACCUCCCAUUGUUGGACCGCACAAUCCCUGACUACUCCAGCUUCAACACCGUGGACGAGUGGCUUGAGGCCAUCAAGAUGGGCCAGUAUAAGGAGAGUUUUGCCAGUGCGGGCUUCACCAACUUCGACCUGGUGUCCCAGAUCACCAUGGAAGACAUCCUGAGAGUAGGGGUGACGUUAGCGGGGCACCAGAAGAAAAUCCUGAACAGUAUCCAGGUGAUGCGGGCACAGAUGAACCAGAUCCAGUCCGUGGAGGUUUGAGACGGGCACGCUCUUCUUGCACACCUCUUCCUCCUGGCCCUGCUCCUUCGUGUCCCUGUGUGUCCGAGCCCCGCGUCCCCCGCUCAGUGACGGCGGCUACGGGGAAGGAACGGCCUCAGGGCAAAGUUGCUGCGGACCUUGCAAGUUUAAACAAAAAAAAAAAGGGAACAAUGUGGACUCUUAAUUUAGAAGGACGUUUUUUAAAAGGAAAUGGAAUUACGACAGAGCAAUGGCAAGUUGGGGAGGGAUUUCAGAACAGCUUUUUUUUUUCCCCCAACCGCUCCUUUGCACGGGCUGCUCCGGCCACCAGCAUUGCCUCCCGGAGUGUGAAGUGAAUCAAAAAGCCUGGGGUGGGGGGCAGGCUGCAUGUCCCUCCAAGCCUUGCUGGGGGUGCUCCCCGCAAACAGCCAGCAGCUCCCCCCGAUGGGCCAACGAGGGGCCAGGAGUCGGACGGCUCUUCCCACGCAACGGGGUCAAUCACGUCUCAGUAGCAAUGGACUUCCGAGCGGGAGAUUUUCUUUUUCACUUCCUUUCCCUCUGAAGGACUGCUACCCGGAGAAGCACUUCUUCGUUCCAUCCUCCGGGACGAGCGAGACUCUUUGCUCCACUGGGGAGAAGAGCGUGGGGGCCAAUUUCUGAGGUCUUGUUCUCCGAUGCACCGGGACCGUCUGGCGCUUGGUGCUUCCCAGAGGCUCCGCCCCCUUGCACUUCCCAGAGGCGGCUCCGACAUAUCAUAUGCACAAGACAUUCACAAGGCCCCGCGCGGACUGCCGGAGACCUGCCCCCUCCCCCAGCAGGCAUCCCCCCCCCCCCUCACGUGCCAUGAAGUAUGUUGUAGAUUUGAUGUGCGUUGCCAGGCGGUUUUCGCGAACCCUUUCGGUUUGUUGUUUUUUUUCUACUUUGUUUACAACGAUUUGUGGGUCGGGCGGUGGGGUGGAUUCUUUUGCUUGGUCAAUUGAAUUUGGGGUUCUUUUUUACAACAGCAGGACAUCAUUUCCACCACGUUAUCUCCCACGGACACUCUCCGUCUCCUCCGAGAGGGAGAAAGGCAGCUUAUGGGCUAAGCCCUUCCAUGGGGUGGAAGCCAGUCCGGAUGCUUCUUCCUGUUUUCAUUUCCUAGCAGUCAUUCCGAGCUGGUGGGCGUGUCCGCUCUUUCAUGUUCAGGGAAACAGCUGUUCUGCCCAGCAGAGGGGAUCCAGUGGUCCCAAUCACACUCAGAUUGGGACACACUCACACUCAACCAAGAGUUGCUCUUUGGAGCUGAGAAGAUCGUCUCGGAGUGCAGAAGCAGAGGAAGAGGGCGACAGCGUGGAGCUGUGGGCGAGCCGUGCUCAAAACUGAGCAAGAUUUGGAGCUAUGUGCUCAGGAUGCUUUGGGUAGAUCCUUCCUGCAGUCCUCCAAGACUUGGUCCCUUUCCUCAGCAUGCUUUCAGUAGCCUGGCAAAAUGUAAAGAAGCCAGCCUUGAGCUGGGGGCGGUCUGCAGCCCUAUUAGAGUCAGGAUGCUAAGUCUCCAUAAGGUGUUCAGAAUGGCUCUCUCCAGUCUCAGUCUCAACAGCCACAGGCCUGUCCUGUUUCAGGCCAAGCCAGGCUCUCAGCCAAAACCGGAAUCUAGGAGGGCACAGACCGGAGACAGCCCCAAAGGAAAAGGAGUCAGGACCAGUUUUCCCUGUAACAGGGAAUUCCAAACAUUGUUGACUGCAACUCCCAGCAUGCCCAGCCAAAGGUCGUUGAGGCUGGGGAUGCUGAGAAUCGUAGUCAACAAUACCUGGGAUUCCCUGUCAUAAGGAAUGCUGAUCAGCACCUUGGAUAGCUCCAAGCAAGAAAGCAAGGGAUGGUCAUUGCACUAGCAUAAGAUGGCUGUUGCUCCUGUGAAGGCCUGGAACUGCCCAGGUAGAGUGGAUCUGUCCUGCCCAUUUCUUAGGAAAGGCUCUAUUUCUUAAAGGGACCUUGCCCAAAUUUCUCAGCACUGACUCCAGCUUUGGCUGUCGGAUCCUCAAGGGACUCCUUCAAGUCAAAGGCAGGGCUGUUUCCUCAGGGUGUUAUUGACUUUGAUCCCCCUGGUUCUCCUGGCAAGGGGCAUCCCCACAUCUGGCUGGUAGGGUCUUCCCAUCCUGCUCCAUCACUUGACCUUUCCAGCCGACCUCCAACUGGAGGUUCCGAGAUCUACGGUCAUAACAAGGACAGAGCCCAGCUCUUCCUCGGGACUUUAGUGGUGUGUGGGCCUCAGACUUCUCAGUGCUGAGCACUGGACUCAACUUUCUGUCCCUGAGAAUGAGAGUGAGAGCUCAUUUGCCACUACUCAGUCCAUGAGGCCCUUUCCCCUUGAACACGAAUCCUCUCCUUGUAAAGAGGAGUCUCAGACAGCAGCCCUCCAGCUCUUGUGGAACUACAAUUCCCAUCAUCUCCAGCAGUGCUCCUUAUAACAGUUAUUCCUAGAUGCUGUUGACUACAACUCCCAUUAUCCUUAGCCAAAACCUCCUGAAGCUGGAGAUGAAAGGAGUUGUCAUCAACAACAUCUGGAAAUCCCUGUUACAGGGAACACUGAUCCCCAGUCACAAUGGCCACUAGCCAGGUAUGAUGGGGGUUGUAGGCCAACAUCUGUAGAAGGGCCACUGCUUGAGACCCUGCCAUGAAAGUUAACCCCCCCCCCCGGGAACUUUUCGGGAAGUCUGGAAUCUCACCAUGUCACCAUCAGGGCAAAUAUCAAGAUUUCAGUCGACUUAGCUGGAGGCACCCAUCCCAACAAGGAAGAUUGGUGACCAGAAAUGCAGCAGGAAUUCCUUGCGUGCGUCUUCUGCUUCCCAGGGACUGCAAGAGUGACCAGGUAGGCAGGCAAUCCUAGUUCUUGGCCCAGACUGGCUGGAGGAUGCAGGCAGAAUACAGACUGGUUUCCAGGCUGUACAAUUGACUCUCCUGCCAGAGGUGGGGUGUGUGUUUGAACAUGAUGCUAUUGAAAUCCCAGGGGUUUUGUUCUGUUUGGUGGUGCAGUGCGGGGAAUUUUGCAUUAGCAACAUAGGAAGCUGCCAUAUACCGAGUCAGACCAUUGGUCCAUCUCACUCAGUAUUGUCUACGCAGACUGGCAGCAGCUUCUCCAAGAUUGCAGGCAGGAAUAUAUCUCCACCUUAUCUUGGAGAUGCCAGGGAGGGAACUUGUAACCUUCUACGUGCAAGCAUGCAGAUGCUCUUCCCAGAAUGGCUCCAUCCCCUCAGGGGAAUAUCUUCCAGUGCUCACACAUCAAGUCUCCCAUUCAUAUGCAAUCAGAAUGGACCCUGCUUAGCAAAGGGGACAAGUCAUGCUUGCUACCACAAGACCAGCUCUUUUUAUUGACAAUAUCUUAUUUAAUGGUGGACUCACAAAAAGCUAACCAGGUUUCGCAAGCCUGUGGAGCUGGUUGUGUGAACACAGAAUUUAGGGCAAUCUUGGCCAAAUAGCUCCAGUUAACCGACAUUUAUCCUGGUUUACACAAUGGGGCCUUAUACACAAUCAUCUAGGGGUGGUUUGGGGUAGGGGAAAGCCCUUACCCUGAUCCUCACAGCUGACCAGAACCUCUGUUGGGUUCUCCUAACUUACCACCCAGACAAUCACAGCAACCAAGAGCUGGAAUGGGGGAAGGUCUUCUGAGGAUCGGGAGAGACCUCCCACAAUGCACUCCCCUGCCAGCUUUAGGGAAAGCCUCAUUAUCAGCUGCCCUCUGGCCACGCGGCGGAAGGAGACAGGGCAAGUCCCAUUGAAGCCAUUUGGAACAAGCAAUCAUAGAGUAUUCUGUGCAGAGCGGCACAUUCACAGGUCACAGCCCCUCUAGCUGCAGCACUCUCUGACAACUAUGGUGUCUGGGACCUGCAAAAAUGGGGAAAUGGACACAUGAUCAACUACCCAAGGCAGCGUGGCUCAUACAUUUCACUAAUCUGGGUUAAAUAGAGGCUCAGAAGCAGUCUUAGCCUGUUUUGUCAAGCCUGGGCUUGGGCACUUGGCCCUGGUUCACAUGAGCUGCUAACCUCGGCUUGCCUCCCUCUAACCUGGGUUCUGUGCUAGUGUGGAGGCCCGUUGACUCAUUCCACGGAAAGAAGGGCACUUUGCGGCACAGCUAGUGAAGUCAGUUUGGGAUGGGGGGCAGGAUCUAGACAUACACUGUUUCUCCCAUUGACCAAAUUUAGAUGUUAAUGUGAUGGGACCAGCUGGCCAAUAACAAGCCCGAGUUGACUAGUCUGGCCUCGUGAACUUGCCAAAAUAGUGGAGAACUCCCCAUGUUUCCCCUUGACAGAUUGGUCUUCUCCUUCCGCAACAGUGUAGCCGAGUAACUGCUUAUUCACUUGAAUGAUCCUCCCUGCUCCUAGGAGCAUAUUUCUGCACAACCCCUCCCUCCAUGUGCCAAUGCUGUGUUCUCUCAACCCGUUCCCGGCCACUUGGCCGUUCUUCCCAUUUCUUCCAAUGCUCGGCAUUUCUCUUCUCCCUUCCUCACUCUCUUCCCUGUGCCUGCUUCCCAUCACCACAUUCCUUUGGCCGUCCCAAACGUUCCAUGGAACAUAGCAAUAAACCGCCAGGCUGUGGGCCCUGGCGCAUUCAGACACUGUGAUCGGGCUGGGAGAGGAUUGUGGGAGAACGUUCGGGACGCAUGAGACAUUGCUGGCAUCGAAAGGCAGCCGUUGGGGGGGGGGAGAAAGGGAGCAGAGGAAGGGUGGUCCCUAAAUUCAAGCCUUCCAAUGGCUUCUCAAAUAUUUCACUGUGAUUUAUUUUUUUUAAAGUAUAAGGAUAAUGAUGGAACAAGAGGAUGGAGCGUUCUGUGUUUCACCGUUGUCAAGAAACCUGACCUGUUUCACAUGUGCCAGGUUUCGAUGCUCAUAGGAACAUAGGAAGAUGCCUCCUACUGAGUCAGUCUCUUGCUCCAUCUCAUUCAGUACUGUCUACUCUGGAAGCUGACUCGCCACGAUUUCCGAGUGCUACCAUAGGAACGUUGGAAGCUGCCUUCUACGGAGUCAGAGCCUUGGUCUAUCUAGCUCAGUAUUGUCUUCACAGACUGGCAGCGGCUUCUCCAAGGCUGCAGGCAGGAAUCUCUCCCAGCCCUAUCUUGGAGAUGCUGCCAGGGAGGGAACUUGGAACUUAGAUGCUCUCCCCAGAGUGGCUCCAUCCCCUAAGGGGAAUAUCUUGCAGUGCUCACUUGCUGUCUCCCAUUCAAAUGCCAACCAGGGAAGACCCCGCUUAGCAAAGGGGAGAAGUCAUUCUUGCUACCACAGGGCCAGCUCUCCUCCCCUUCCACUCAAUACGGUUUCCAGCUUGUCUUCAGCAAGUUCUUGGGGGACUGCAGAGGAUAGAUUGUACCCACCAGGGCUGCCUCUUCUCGUCUCUCUCCUGCCAUCCCCCCACACAGAACAAUCUGGGAAGAGAGGACAGGCCGGCGGCCAAGUCCACCCCAUCAAGAGAUUGCUGGCCAAGUUGGUGCCUGUUGGCUGAGUGGUGUCAGGCAAAAGAGCCUAAUGCGACCCAGGGUUUCAGGGCCAGAACUGGAUGGACAGCAGUGUGGAGAUUGUGGCUCGAGUGUGGCAAGGCCAUAAUGCAACCUUAUCAUCAGGAGCCCUACAUAUUGAACACGAUUGACAACAGCAAAAUCCGGAAUUCCUGGCCCCAAGACGAACUGAGCCCAACCCUUUCUGGAGUUUGAGCCCGGCAUGCAAUGGUCUGCCUGUCUGACAGCCCCUCCCACUGGAUCCCCCCCCCCCCAGCCCGCACAUCCCAAACACCUUUGCAAGGGGAGAGCUAUCAAUGGCGAGGGAUUAGCUGGUGCUAGCAGAGGCCUUGUAUGGUUCAUCCUAUGCUGCUGGGAGCCAUGGGAGAUUACAUCUCCCAUGCCUCCCAGUCCAAUGCAUUGAAUCAGGGAAUUUCAUCCUUAAGACUUAAUCAAAUGGUGCUGGGAUGCAUGGGAAAGUACAUAUCCCAUGCCUCCUAGCUCAAUGCAUUGAAUCUGGGAGCUUCAUCCUUAAGGCCUAACCAAAUAGUGCUGGGAGGCAUGGGGAAUUACAUAUCCCAUGCCUCCUAGUCCAAUGCAUUGAAUCUGGGUGCUUCAUCCUUAAGGCCUAAUCAAAUAGUGCUGGGAGGCAUGGGGAAUUGCAUUUCCCAUGGCACCCAGUUCAGUUUGUCAAAUCGGGGGCAUUCCCAUGUAUCCCAGUGACAAUGGAGAUAUCUAGGUUUAAAAAGUGUGACCUGCAAAGAUUUCCCCAAUCCCUGCCAGCCCUCCUGGAAGCUGAUAGGUAUUUCCCCAAUCCUGGCCGGCUUCCCUCCUUCACAAAGGUAAGUUUGCUUGGAACUGGCAAAGUGAGUUGAGGGGGCAUAUUUCCUAUGUUUGAAUCAGGGAAUUUCAUCCAGGCUUUCUCCAAGAAGGAUUUGAAAAAUAAGGGGGGAAAGCUCACUCAUCCUCGCCAUGCUUGUUUUAUCACGUGAACUGGGUUUGUCAAAGGAGGCUCAGGUCAUAGGAACAUAGGAAGCUGCCACAUACCGAGUCAGACCACUGGUCCAUCUAGCUCAGUUUUGUCUACCCAGACUGGCAGCAGCUUCUCCAAGGUUGCAGGCAGGCAUCUCAGCCCUAUCUUGGAGAUGCCAGCGAGGGAACUUGGGACCCUGCAACAUGCAGAUGCUCUUCCCAGAGCGUCCCUGGAAUAUCUUAUAGUGCUCACAUGUAGUGUCCCAUUCAAGUGCAAACCAGGGUGGGCCCUGCUUAGCAAAGGGGACAAGCCAUGCUUGCUGCUAUAAGACCAGCUCUCCACUCUCUCUAGGUUCCCUGUCUUUUCUGCAGCUAGUUAAAAUAGUGGAAGGAUUAGUUCUUGUUCUCUGUUCUCUUUGCUUAGUUACCUGACUGGACACCCAACAGCUCUCCAACCUACCAGAGGUCCACAGGGUAGCCUUUGGUUUUGGAGUCCCUCACCCACCCAGAAAUAGUUACGGUUUCCCUCUAACUAGGGAUUCCCAGAUGUUGUGGGCUACCACUCCCAGAAUCCCCAAGCAGAAGCCAUUGCAGCUGGGGAUUCUGGGAGUUGUAGUCAACUACAUCUGGGAAUCCCUGUUAGAGGGAACACUGGUCUCCACCCCUUUUGGAGUACAGGAACUUCUCAUAUUGUGUGAUGCAUGUAGGAAAUCUGCAAGCCAACUCUGGACAAGCUGUUUGCAAUCUGGGAAUAUUCAGAUGUAGGCUUGAGAUGUGUGGAUUCUGCAGAUGGCCCAAGGUUUCAUCCACACACAUCUCAGAUUAGCACUUUUCAAUUCCCACAUGAUCAAGAUUAUUGAUGGCCCUUUUCACAUUGCUUCACUGCUUUUUGCCUCUUUCGAAUAGAGAGGUACAUGGGCCACACUGGUUGCCUCUGCAGGGAAAGAUCUCUCGUAGUGCUGAAGUGAGAGGGGGACCAUGUUGCAAAUCGCUUUCUCAUAAUCAAAAGGGUUGGCUGUUUUCACAGUCUUUUCAGGGCUCAUUGAGAGAGUGCUGAGAUGCUCUUUGGUUUUUACAAUGAUCCCUGAUAGGCUAGAAUUGCCAGUGCAACCAGUACAGGAAGAAUUUCCCUCACACCAAUCAGCUGACCUUCGACCCACUCCAAAAGGGUGACAAUUUUGGCAGUGUUCUUCAGGGCUCAUUGAGAGAUGGCUGAGAAGCUCUUUGGUUUUUGACAGUGAUCCCUGAUUGGUUAUAAUUGCCCAUACAGCCAGUACAGGAAGUGUUGUCCUCACUGCAGUCAUUGGACUGUUGACUCGCUCCAAAGGGGUGACCAUUUUGGCUGCCCUUUUCAGGGCUUAUUGAGAGAGGGCUGAGAAGCUCUUUGGUUUUUACAGAUCCCUGAUUGGCUAUAAUUGCCCGUACAACCAGCAAGGAAGCAUUACCUUCACUCCAAUGGGCUUCAUUUGUUAUUCAUUAUAUCAGUACACUGUGAAACCUGUUCAGCUUCACACUGAAACAUGGCACCUGGUCUGUGAUCUCUGAUUGGCUGGGAUUGAUCAAGCAGGGGAUGAAACGGAGGGAAACGACCACUGGUGAAGCAGCCCAGGUGUGGAAAGGAGAAGGUCCAAACAGUAGCCAAAAGCCCUGGGCAAAGUUUGAAUUAUAGGCAACUUGGGCGAGAUUCAACACCUUGCUUCCUGAAAUCAUAAAUGUCAAGGCAACAAUCACAGCUUGAAAACAAUCAGUUUAGCGUUCAUGUUCAGAUUCUGUUCUACUUUAGAAGGUAAACCGCAUCCGCCUUGCUUCAGCUCCUCUGGCUCAGAGCAAGGAGCUACACACAACCCCUUAAGUCCCCAGCUCCCCCUUUCCACCGACGAGUGACCCAGUUCUUUGGCAGGUCUCCACCGGAGGGUGCCCGCUGCGUUUCUGCCAACCCAUGGGGUCAUGGCCUGGGUGUGGUGUUGCGCGACUCCCUGUCAGUAUUUGUAUUUUUAGAAAAUGUGAAUAGGUAGGUGGUGUGCCAGCCCUGUCACACGGGGAUGUGUCUUCCAUUCAGACCAGGGCCUUCACCUGGCUCUGUCAGGCAUCUUUUGAUGUUACUGGGGAGGUUAAAAAAAAAAAAAACCAGAUGUAUUUAUAAAGGAAACAGAUCCUGCUGCUCCGAUGCCUUUGUAGGAGUAUUUUUAAGAAAAUGUUUUUUUUCCAAAAUAAAUGUGAAGUGUAAAAGUUUGAAGCA